AGUGUGCUCCAGCUGGCCCAGUGUGUUCCCUUAUCAGUAUCAGUAACCCGGCGCUGGCGCUGCUCAGUCCAGUCUGCUAUGUGCCUGCAACUAUGGGACCCACAGGAACAGGCUUCAUAUCCCACGUUCUUGUGUGGAACAUUCUGGUUUGUGGUUCAUUGGAAGCCGAGCCAAGAUCCCCGGAGCCAGCCCCAUGCCCACCCCCCUGUGUGUGCAGUUACGACUACAGCGAGGAGUACAGUGUGUUCUGCAGCUCCCGCAAUCUCACUCGGGUUCCUGAGCCGCCGCCUCCCGCUGCUCGGUCUCUAUGGCUGGAUGGAAACAACCUCACAACGGUGCAGGCUGGAGCUUUCAGGAAUCUAUCCCAUCUGGACUUUCUCAACCUGCAGAGUAGCCAGGUGGCUAGCCUAGAGCAACAGGCCCUGCAUGGCCUCAAGGCUUUGGCUCAUCUCCACUUGGAAAGGAACAUGAUCAAAUCAUUAGCUCCAAGCACUUUCACUCAUACUCAGAAUUUGGUCUCCCUCACCCUUAACAACAACUUUUUGACCAAGAUCGAAGACGGUCUGUUUUCUGGUCUCUCCAACCUGUGGUACCUGAAUUUAGGUUGGAACCUGUUAGUGGUGCUUCCUGACAUGGUUUUCCACGACUUGCUGAACCUGAGAGAACUGGUUUUGGCUGGAAAUCGCCUUGUGUACCUGCAGCCUUCACUCUUCCUUAGUCUCGGGGAGCUAAAGGAACUCGAUUUGAGUGGAAACUCGCUGAAAGGCAUUAAGGCUAAUGUGUUCACGAGGCAGCAAAAGACACACAAACUUUAUCUUAACCACAACCACAUUUCUACCGUUGCUCCGAGGGCUUUCUCUGGCAUGAAGAACCUACGUUGGCUGGACCUGUCCCACAACCGACUGACCGCUUUGUACGAGGACACCUUUUUUGGGCUGCCGAGCCUCAAUGUUCUACGUCUGUCUAAUAAUUCUCUCACAAGCCUAAGGCCUAGAAUUUUCAAGGAUCUCCAGUUCUUAGUGGAGCUCAACCUUGGGCAAAAUAAAAUCAAGAUCCUCCUGGAACGUACUUUUGAAGGUCUCGCUCAGCUGGAGUUACUAUCGUUAAACCACAAUAACGUUCAGGAAAUCCGCCCAGGGUCGUUCUUGGGGCUGCUUAAUGUCGCAGUAAUCAACCUGUCAGGGAACUGUCUCAAAUCACUAGCGGAACACUGCUUUAAAGGCCUGGGGAAGCUUCACAGCUUGCACAUGGAGAGCAGCUGCCUAAGUCACAUCAAGCCACAGAUGUUUGCUGGCCUCUCAAGUAUCCGGAGGCUUUUCCUCCAAAACAAUGAAAUUGUGGCUAUUGAGGAUCACAGUUUCACUGACCUACACGGCCUGCUAGAACUGGACCUACGAUCCAAUAAAUUAACCCAUCUUACAACCAGAUCAUUUACAGGAUUAAAGAACCUGUCGUAUCUUCUUCUUUCUUCCAACCAGAUUCUUACAAUUUCUCCGGAGGUCUUCAGCCCAGUCCAGCAGCUCCAAUGGCUUGAUCUUUCAGACAACCAGUUAAAAGCCCUGACUGAAGAUAUCUUCUUGCCUCUGUCCUCCUUGCGAUAUCUCAGUCUGAAGAACAACUGCCUGAAAACCAUCUCUGUUAACUUCCUGAUACCUCCUCCCACCAUGCAGCAGCUUUGGCUUAAUGGCAAUCAAUGGGACUGUGGCUGCGCUCUGAAAGGACUACGAGACCUUGCUCUGAGGAACAGCACCAUCGUCCCUCACCUGGUACAGUCAAUAUCAGAAGGCGACGACACUGCCAGUCCCGUCUAUAAUAACAUCACAUGUGCCAGCCCUCCGGAAGCCAUGGGCCAGGACAUACGGGAUCUGAGUGAAGGCCACUUUGCCCACUGCUUGUAACCCUAAGACAUUGGCAAAUACAACCCACAGCUUCUAUUGCCACACUAAUAUGUUGUUAGGAUGAGGCCCAGCCGUGUAGAAUAGCCAGUAUGAGCUUCGCUAGAUUCUCCAGACAUGCCCUGUAUAUCAGACCCACGCACUGUGGCCGCGCUAUGAUGGUUACAGGGGAGGAGCCAGUGGGGGAAAGGGUGGAGCCUUUCAUUAAUAUGAAGUGGAAUAUACAGGUAAUUGAGUGUAUAUGUAUAUAUCUGGCAGUCAAGAUACUUUCUCUCACCAUGCCCAAGGGGCCCACAUGCAGAACAGUGCAAGUAUUGUAAGUAGGGGGAAUGGCAGAAGGGCAGUCAUUGGCCCAUCGUUCCCAGUAUCACUGACAGUAUAAUGAGUAGAAUACGACCCACAAUACACAUUGCCUCACUGUUGUCUUCUUUGUAUUAAAAAAUGAAAUAAAAAGCUAUUUACUGCCUGAA